AUGUCAUCCAAUCGUCUGAAAUCCAAUGGAGCAAAACUUAGCUGCUUAAUUAUUGACCAAGGAACUGAAACAAUGCGAAAGUAUCUUGAUUCGAUUCACUCUCCUGCCAACUUACCUGCCGUCUUAAAUGCCAACCGUGCGACACUGAAUAGACUGCAUACAAGACGAGUUAUCAAUCUUGAACAAAUGAACUUGUUAUUUCCCCCACCAGGAAUGCCACCGACAACGUCCAGUAAUUAUGAUAUCACUUUACUGUUCAUUUUAAUUCGAAAUAUAUGUGGUCUUACCCCUCCUAGAUCUACUAGAUCAUGGGAUGCGAAUCCUCCGUCAUUCGACAUUACCCCAGAAGCUAAUCUGGCAAGAAUUAAAUAUUACAGAAAUGUACUUUAUGCUCACAAGAAGAGCACUGAAGUAAGUGAUACUAAUUUCAAUAUUUACUGGAGUGAGAUUGAGAAUGCCUUAGUUGGCCUGGGUGCUAAUAUUGGAGAUGUUACAAAGUUGAAGACGAACCCUUUUAACGAAGAUCUUUACAUAAACUUACUAAAUGAAUGGUAUGAAAAAGAUCAUAAAAUUGAAGUUCUUGGGACUACAAUUUUGAAGAAAACCGAAACAAUUGAAGAAAGUAUCAAAUGGAUGAAGGCGGCACUGUGGACAGCACUUUUCAUACUUGUAGUUUUACUAUUUUAUUUGGUUCUUUCUAGCCACUUGGGGAUCGAAGAAGUAGACUAUUCUUACCGUCAAAACGUUUCCAAUCCAGGUUUUGUUGGUCGAGAAUGGGUUUUUCGCGAGAUACAGCUAGACAUGUUAAACGCAAGCGACGUACGCGGUGUUCUACUUGUAGCUGACCCAGGUUGGGGUAAAUCAGCGAUCAUGAAACGUUUAAUUAACACGUCAUCGUCCAGUGCUAUCAUUCAUGAAAAUAUUAUCGGUUAUCACUUCUGCAAGUACAAUGAAAAAUCCACACGCGACGGAGAGCGAUUCGUGCGAAAUUUAGUUCAGUUAAUUAGCAAGAAAAUUGACGAAUUCCAAGAAAUUAUCGACAAUGACCAGUUGAUAAAGGAUGAAUUACAGUCCAAUUGCGAGGAGAACCCAAUCGAAUGUUUUCAAAAGGCAAUAGUGGAGCCUCUUCAAAAACUAAAUGCUACUGGUAGAAACAACUCGUUUAUUCUUAUUGACGCAUUAGACGAGUGUUUGGAAAAAGAGGAAGGCCAUAACUCCGUAAUUGUGAACAUUCUUUCAAGAAGAUUGCCCAAACUGCCAACUUGGGUAAAAGUAAUAGUUACUUCCCGAAAGCAAGCACUGACCAGCGGUAAAAUAUCGAAAAUUAACGGAUUCUCGACCUUAAAAAUAAAUGUACAGGAUCAACGUAACUUACACGACCUUCGCACUUACGCGCAACAAUCACUGCAAAAUUUUUACACCGAAGUACCAUCAACGAAGGAAAAAUUACCUCUGAACCACUCAAUUGAUUUGGUCGUGGAGUUUUCCAAAGGCAAUUUUCUAUUACUUAAAACGAUUAUAAACUACUGGCAAGAAUAUCCAGACCAAAUGAACGCACGGUCAAUUCCAGAGAGUUUAGAAGAUAUUUAUAAAGCUUCUUUCGCAGAGCGGUUUAAAGAAGCCGAGUUGAUUGACUUUGAACCACUUUUAGAGGUACUUCUUGCCGCAAACUCGCCUCCAACGUUACUUGAGUUGGGCAAAAUUUUAAAUUACCACUACAAAAAUCACAAUACCCGCAGAAUUGUCAACAAACUUUCCCAAUUUUUCACGUCUGAUAUUGACCAAGGAUCUCUUGAAUUUCACCAUCAAUUCUUCGCAGAAUGGUUAAUUAACCAAACCGACGGCAGUAAUGGAAUUUUUAUAGAAAAAUCAAGAGGCCACCAAUAUAUAGUCGACUACCUAUUUCAUUUCUACAGUGAAAGACAGACUGAAGUUACUUUUAAAGAAUUAUCAGAACUGUGUAUACAUAUUUUGCAUGGAGAAAAGGCGUCCGUAUCGAAUAGAAGAAAGCUUAGUUCUUUGAAAGUGUCCGAAGUCAAAGGUUCCCGGAUGACAACUACAUUACAUGAUCUUGCAUCAAGAAGGGAUGCCACUGGACUUAUUGAUGUGCUCAUAAAACAGUUUAAAUCUGUUGAUAUCCUGGACUUGAAUGAAUGGACGCCUGCGAUGUAUGCUGUAGACGCAGGUAGCUAUGAAAAUGUAAAGUUAUUCAUCGAUAACGGGGCAAAUGUAAAUUACACCGUUAAAACCAGAACCUGCUUUUACUUGGAUUUUAUCGACCCCUCGAGUUAUUUUCUCAUACACGGGUCGAUCAACAGUAUGAGUUCUAUAGCAGCAUAUAGGGGAUAUACAAAAAUUGCAGAACUUUUGAUUAAAAGUGGUGCGAAUAUAGAGAAAGCUGACGAGUGCGGAUGGAAAGCUCUGUAUUUGGCAGCAUUAAUGGGUCAAUUUGAAAUAGUUCAACUUUACAUAAACAAAGGAGCUAAACCUGAUCUCGUUUCUCUCCAUCAUGCCGCUGCAAGAAAUCACACAGAAACUGUGCGGGUUUUUCUUAACAAUGGAGUACGUGACAAAUGCUUGCCCUGCAAACCAGGGAACAAGUCAUGGUGUACUAUGAACGUCAAUCAGUUCCAUCACUGCUUUUGCGAAACAGCACUUCAUGCAGCCGUGUCCAGAAAUAACCUAGAGGUGGCAAAAUUAAUAGUUUGGUACGGUAACGCAUCGGUUAACUGUAAGCAUGGUUCAGGCCAAACCCCACUGAUGGAGGCAUUUUCUCAAAAAAAUACUCAAAUGGCGGAACUACUUAUAAGCGAAGGAGCGGACAUCAACGCGAAGUGCGAAAGUUCGAUUUUAAGCUUGGUUUAUGAUUGUGCGGAUGAAAUAAUUUUCAUAAUUGUCGAGAAGUCAAUAUACAGUCAUUACUGUAAUCGACUUGAUUGCAAUGGAUCUGAUGUGAUAGAUUUCUCUUUUGCACACGGACUUUGGGAAAUGAUGAUCCCGUUCAUAUCGAAAGGAAAACUUAAUGCAUCUUCUUCGAAUACUGUAAGAUGGAGUCCGACAACGAUUGCAGUAAUUUACGACCGAAUCGAUUUUAUCAGUGCCACGUAUGGCAACAAAAUUUACUCUGUUCACAACAUCGAGACAAUGUUGCGUUAUGUGGCAGUUUGUAAUUCAGUAGAGAUUCUUAGGCAUCUCUUGAACAGUGGAGAUUUGAGUAAAUUCGCAGCCGUGUAUGAAGAUGGGAAAACCCUGCUUCAUUUUGCCACUUUAGGAUCGUCUCAACCUGAGACAGAGACUUAUGUAACGCAAUCAUGUGCGUUUUCUGCGUGCGUUUGUCCGAACAGGGCGAGGUCCGACAUUACGGAGGAAAAACGUUUAGAAACGGUAAGGCUACUACUUAAAGUUCUCGUAUCAGACAUAAAUAAAAAAGAUAAAUAUGGAAGAACUGCUCUGCAUUAUGCAGCUGUACACGGUUUGCCAACACUCGUAGAAUAUUUAGUGAACGCAGGAGCUGACUGGAGUAUAAAAGAUCAUUGGGGUGACACUGCCUUGGAAUUUGCAUUGCGAGAAAAGCCUAUUUUAAGUACUAAAACUUUUCUUCCAUGUCGGUUGACAAGUGAUCAAGUGUUUGAAGUAUGUCAGAGUACCCGAUUUGAUGAAUUGGCAAAUUAUCUGUUACAGAAUGCAACCAUUAAGAAAUGCAAUACGACAGCUAAGAGUUUAUUGGGUGGUUUGCUACGCCACAAACUACCUUUAAGCCUGUACGCAUUGUUCAAGUCUGGACUUGAUAUUAACUGUGCACAUGAACAAUUUAAAGAGUACUUAAGUGAGCUGUCCUACGACGAAGUAUUUUUUGUUUUUUCCGCCGCGGAAGAAGAAAUGUCUCUUAUUUUUUAUGGGGUUCCAGCAGAGUUCAUGCAAUGGAGGAGGCGAGAUUUUGAACCUCUGGAAGUAUUUAAAAUUUUUCAAAUUAAUGUAGAGGUGACCAGUGACGUCCCUUUUGCACAAUCCGAGUUGCACCUCAUGGCGUAUUUAAGAACAUCUCCGCAGUUAGUUGGGAAUCUUUUCCAGCCGUCAGUCAACAAUACUCCAUUUCCAAUUCAAAGAUUCAUUGCAAGUCAUCCCAAAGGUGUUGAAAUUUUAAACCAAUGUUACGACAAGGAAGGGUAUUUAGCAAUCCAUCGAGCAGUGCAGGGUGUAAACUUACCUGCAGUUUCCUGGUUCAUAGAAAUUGGUGCUGAUCUUUCUAAGAAAACGAAAUCUGGUUUGACUGCCCUUGCUCUUGCUAUCGUUAACCUUAAAAGCCUAACCCUUGACUCUGACAUAGAAUAUAUUUUCGACAAAUUGUUAGAAAAAAUGCAAGAGAAAAGUCAUGCAGUCUUUCAAUGUAACACCGAGCACGUUGACUUGUCACCACUUCACGUUGCGGGGAGUCGCAGCGUGACGGUGGUGGAGAUGGUUCACCGCAAGAUACCAGCAUUACCAUUAAAUUGCACAAACAGUGACGGGAUUCAGCCUAUCUACUUAGCCUGUCUCUACAAUGCGACAGUUUCCUACAAUUGGUGGAAAGACGAAGAAGCAUUUCAGUAUCUAGGACUGUCACUUGAUAAAGGACCUUCAAAUUAUCCCGAACGCGAGGCAGAAUACCAUCUGAUUUACAACCAGUUUUACCGUACACCGCAAGAAGACUUGAGAGACAUGCUCAACCACGAAGGUUUAUUUGAAUGUCCAGGUAUAAACGAGUUGCUUCCCAAUAAAACAGAAAUAAAGGAAUAUAUAAAGAUAAAAACAUGUCCCACACGCUGCUGGCGAUCCGCAUUUAAAGUCAGCCGUGAAUUUUCGUCAAAUUUUCCUUAUGUUGACAUUCAAAACUUUAUUUCAAAUCCUUUUACUGAUAAAUUCAUAGACAUUGCUCAUCAUAUGGCUGAGUUACGGUUUCACUUGGUGAAAAUGUUUCAUUUUAGUUCAUUUCGUUUCAUUUCGAUUUCUACUCUGGAGAAAGAACUAUGGAGAAAAGUAAUAAAGGCGCACUCUUGUGCUCAUAACUGUUCUUGUUUUGAAAUCAUGCAACUACUGCAAGAAAAGUUUACCAGUGAACCAUGGUAUGAUUUUGUUGGUAAAUUUGUAGCUGAAAGAAUGGGUUGGACUGACACCUCAUCGGAUGGUGAUGUGAAGUACCGUUGGCCUUUCGGCUUUUUGCUGAAGAAAGCUUUAAGAACUGACAAGGCAUACAAGUACUUAGAAAUUCUCAGCCCUCAUUUUAAUCGUGACAGUAUUAGAGAGUCAUUGAGAAAGCGACCGACUGACUAA